GCAUAUAUAGUCAGUGACGGGCAUAUAUAGACAGUGAGGGGUAUAUAGAGUCAGUGAGGGGCAUAUAGAAUCAGUGUCGGGUGUUUCUAGUCAGUGAGGAGCGUGUACCGGUAACUAAGGUACUUCAGUGAAGGAUCUGUGUGUUAUAAGCGCUAAGACCAUGCCAGCCCGAGAGUGGACACUGUGGUGUGUCGCCCUCCUCCUGCUCCAGACACAUGCGGGCCACGCCCAGAUCGGCACCUCCAAUAACGUCAUCAACUAUGCUGGGGACAGUGCUGAUGUUGAACCAAAUAAACUAUCAAAUGUGUUGGUGGUAAAGACUAACAUUGUUGUCAGUGAUUGCCAUGAUGACGAUGACGACGAUGAUGACGAUGACAGUGAGGGCUGUGCGGACUCAACGCCCGACGUCCCAGACAACGCUGUACAGCCCAUAUCCUCGCCCCGGUCGUCAGACACGAUAAUGGUUGCCGAUCUCGACAGCAGUCACGACACGUAUGUUGUGCGCCUAUCUGAUCCUCCUGUCACCACGGCGUCAACGACAUCAUACACGACACGACCUGUAUCCACUGCAACCCCGACGUCAACAUUUCCCAGCACAGUUAGAGUGACAACAAUUCCAUCGACUUCCACAACAACAGCAACAGUAGUGAAAACAACAAAAACAACAGCAGCAACAACAACAGAAACGGCAGCAGCAGCCACAACUCCAGCAACAACAGCACCACCAACAACGCCAUUUUCAGAAACAGCAAUAACAGAAACAACAACAGGAGCAGCAACAACAACGCCAUUGCCCACAUCAACAUCAACUUUCACUGUUACAACACCAACAGUCACAAAUGGGGACAUGUGUACCGGAUGUGUCAUGACGAACGGCGUCGGCUACGUCCCCCACCCCUCCGACUGUUCCCGAUUCUAUCAGUGCUACCACAGCGACGUCUCCACCACCGUCUCCCGAGAGAAGUCGUGCCCGACAGGUUUAUACUGGAACCAGGCGGUACUGACGUGUGACUUCCCGGGGAAUGUGCCGUGUGCACAAGAUGUGUGCGCUACAGGGAGGCCGCUGACUGUCGACUGCCGCAACUACUGGGACUGCAGUACCGGAAGUGCCACUGCCAAGUGCUGCCCACUAUACCAGUCAUACGAUAUCACUUCCGGGUCAUGCAAGACGAAUGUGACCUGUACUGUUGCUUGUCUAAUGGCGGGAGAUACUCCUGACGCCCCGUGUGACCUGCGUCCAGUGGCCGGAGACAAGCACGUGUUCGAGCAGCGGACAUCAGCUGGCUCGUGGGUCCGUCACAGGUGCCCGCUCUUCACGGCGUACAGCGAGGGGAACUGUGGGUGUGCUUUUAUUGCGCCGCAAAACUACAACAAAGCUUGCAGACCUGAGAUGUAUCUGCCAUUUGACGUCAACACCGACGACAUGUCCGGGAAGUCUGUGCACGUUGGUAACGAAGGCGUUACCGUCAGCCGCGGGAGUGCUGUGUUUGAUGGCAAGAGCCGUCUUGUGGUCAAUCGGUUCUCCAACGCAUGGUUUGGGUCAACUGUGGUCAUCACUCUCAGGUUCAAGGCCGCGGGAUACGCGUCUCGCCACGCCCUCGUGUGUAACGGAGACUGUGGUGUGAGUCCCUCCCUCUACAUCGGCAGCAACAGCGACAGCACAACUGAGUUCUUUGCCAAAACGUACAGCAGCCCUGCAGUCAACUUUACCCUCCCACAGUCCGGAGGGGGAUGGCAGGAGGUGGAGUAUGUGCUGGCGGACGGAGCGCUACAGGGUCGUGCUGCUGGACUUUGGAGUUCGCACAACGCAACAGGUUCACUUGAGACUCGACAGAGGGCGCUGAUGAUUGGAGGCUGUGAGGGAGCGGAGGGAUUCCAGGGUCAUAUUGAUCAGGUGGCAGUUUACUUCUGUAACCCUGGAACGGCCUGACCCUGGAACGGCCUGACCCUGGAACGGCCUGACCCUGGAACGCCCCAAGCACUGAAUUCCCAGCGUUGAGAUCCACAGCUUGUCCAUCUUUGUGUCUUUCAUGUGGAUUAUUUCACAUUCGACAGAUUUUUAUAUUUCUUUGUUAAUAAAAGUCGUUAAGCAAA